AUGACCAAGUCGUCGAAGAAGUCCGGGAUGACCCCAACGGUCAAAGACCAACUCCGCUCUCGCCUCGACGACGAAGACAGGGCGGACGACGCCACCCCUCUACACUUCAUGAUUGAGUUCUGGAGCCGCCUCCGAGCCGAGGCAGCCAACAGCCACUCCGUCGGGCUCGACGCCCUUGACCGACUGGUCCUCCGGCUCCUUGCCGACGACACUUCGCAGACCCCGUUGGAGAGUGCUGUCGUCAUUCCACCUUCCCCAGAAAGCAUGUCCGCUGGCCAGGUCCGAGAGCACUCCGUCUUCCAAGCACCGGUCACCCAAUCUCGUUCGGGUGACCGGUGCUUGGAAGACGGAGUCAAGCGAUCCAGCUCGCGUACACCCCUCAAGCCACCUCCAGCCAAGAAAAAGCGCACGUCCAAGAAGGCAAAAUCCAAGCCUCACUUCUCGGUUGAUCUCCCCACCGGCGUAGACGCCACCAUCGAGCGCAACCUGGAGCGCCUCGUAAAGAUCUCGGAGGGACAGGGUAAGACGCUGCCACGUAUGGCCUUCCCAUGGAAGGGCUACCGCGUCUGGUACGACCCCAAGUACCACCUCGAGCACGACUGGAAGCACUGGCGCUUCUGGAUGUGCUUUCGUCUUCGGUUUCUACCCCUCGCGCUGUAUCCGCCGUCGGAAUACGCUGCAGCUCACCGCAAGUUGAAGGCAAGCGCAUUUCGAGCUCGUCUGCAAUUGUUGAGCGCCUUUUUCGAAGAGAUGGGCUACUGCGGGAUGCUGACGGCGUUCGAAGACGCCGUCCACGACAAUCUUAUGUUGUUAGGAGGCAGGGCCGCCAAGAACGCUAGUGGAGCCGACGACGACUCCAAUUCUCCAGACCAAGAAGACCUCGGUGUCCUGCUCAAGCGUUACCGCCGUCGGUACGAUCAAGCUAUCGCCAAUGCCCUUGAUCCCUUCGAGGUGGGUAGCAGCGACUACCAUUCCAUCCCUGAACUUCUCAAGACGGGUCAAGCGAUAGACCCUACGCGCCUCAAGAACCUGCGACUUUCGGACAAGGCCCUGGCUCGCAUCGCUAUGGACGUUUCUGGCAGCAACCCUCCAAAAGAGAGCUGGGUCGGCAACCGCAACCGUGGCCCGUGGAAGGAGCAUCUCUCUGACCGCUCUCUCCGUGUGACUCAAGUCGAAGUCGCCAGGCUGCUGACUGCAGGCAAACCCGUGAUAGUGCACAAUGAUCGGCCGUUCCAGCCGUCCGAACAGGGGGAAGACGAUUCCGACUUCAAAGAAAACGGAGAGUUCAUCCCCUAA